CUAGGAUGGUGCAGGAAGUGGCAGUGACAUACUGGAGAGACUUCGUAGAAGAUUGUGAAGAUCCUGUUAACACAGUGCAGUUACGAGACGUACUAAUAUUCAGCACAGCAUUGGAGCGAGAGCCACCAAUGGGUUUCCAUCCUACCCCCACCAUUGAAUUUGUUGACGGGUUGUUGCCGAAAGCCAGUACAUGCAUGAAUGUGUUAUAUUUGCCAACAAGCCAUGAUAGCUAUGACAAAUUCAGCGAGUGGAUGAAAGAGGGCAUCAUUGGGGCACAUGGUUUUGGACUAGCAUAGGGUUGACAUUGUAAAACCGGGACAGGUGUGUACCGACUUAUGCGCCACCCGUAGGUGGAUAAAGGAAGCUGUCAGUUGUCAGUUAUGAGAACCAGCUGCAGGAGUAAACAGCUAAAAGCCUUGAAGUGCGCCUUUCUAUCUAAGAGAGUUUAUAACAACAAAGAUUGAAGUAAGUGCACAGGUAGGGGAGCAUGCAGCAUAGAAUAUUGUAGAUGCUAUGGGUGCAUUCUCAUUCUUUGCACGAAA